GUAUCGUCAUCUAAAGGAUUACACACCAAACUACGUCAAGCUGCUCAAAGGAAAAAUGGAGUAACAAAAGAACGCGAACAGUUGAUUAAAAUGGGAAAUAAGCUGAGAGCUGAAUUGUUGAAAUAUAAAGGAGGGAAAAAAUCGCCUUCAAUUGAGGCACGUCAAUCGUCCAAAGAUCCGCAGAAUGUGGCGCAAACAUCCCGAUCCCAACUACGGGGUUUGGAACAGUUGCAAUAUGAACUAACAAGCAAAGAACUGCAGUAUGCACAGAGAAAACUAGCGAGGAAUAAUGAUCAGCAUUCGCUAUCUCCUCGGAAAAAGAAUUCCGCGUCGGCCCAAAAACUUCAAAAACACUCUUCAAACACGGAACUCGCAGAAAAAGCAGGCCUACCGGAAUCGUCUACUGUUCGUGACGAAAUCGUCUCGCCAUGGCAACCUUCGUUCUCAUCAGACGACCGCGCGUCGUUACAAGAUGUCUGGAAACUACUAGGCGAGGACAGUCCUGGAUUAACCCAUCGCGGGGACGAAGUCAGCAAGUCUCAGCUUCGGGAAAGUUCCUCAACUACGGAGAGUUUCACAGUCAAAGGUCAGCCUAGUCACGUGCAUCUCAAGCCAGAGUGUUCCAAGGCUGCGCUGUCUGUCAAGGCAGCUGGGAAAUGGACACUCUCCCAGGCUUUUCUCCCACGCCGUCCAUCUAGCUUCUAACUCACGAAGCAGUUUGGCAUCCCAGGGGACCUUGGCGUCACAAUACUCGCGGUAGAGGAACUUUCCU